AUGGCUACUGUGGAAAAACUCCAAGAGGAAGCUUCUUGUUCCAUCUGCUUGGAGUAUUUCCAAGACCCGGUGUCUAUACACUGUGGGCACAACUUCUGCCGAGCCUGCAUCACUCAGUGCUGGGGCAAACUGGCUAUAAACUUCUCCUGCCCCCAAUGCAGACAGACCGCCCAGCAGAGAAACUUCAGGCUCAACAGGGAGCUGGCGAACAUGGUGGAGCUAGUGAAACAGCUGAAGUUACCUCCAGCAAAAGAGCCAGAGGUAGAGCACAUGUGUGAGAAACAUAGGGAGCCUCUGAAACUCUUCUGUGUGGAGGAACAACAAUUAAUAUGUUUGGUCUGCAGAGAGUCCUGGGCGCAUGGAGCUCACGUUGUGGUUCCCAUAGAGGAGGCUGCCCAGAAGUACAAGGAGCAAGUCAAGGCUCGACUGCAGGCUCUGAGGGAAGAGAGAGAAAAACUCCUGGAAUUUAAACUGACUGGCGAGAGGAGGAGCUGGGAGUAUCUGGAAAAGAUCAAAAAGGAGAGGCAGAGAAUUGGGUUUGAAUUUCAGCAGCUCCACCAGUUUCUGGAGGAACAAGAGCGCCUCCUGCUGGCCCGGCUGGGAGAGUUGGACAGGAUUAUGAAGUGGCAAAAGGAAACGGUCACGAGAUUUCCCAUAGAGAUUUCCCAUCUUAAUAGCCUGAUCAGUGAGCUGGAGGGGAAGUGCCAGCAGCCAGCGAGUGAUUUCCUGCAGGACAUCAGGAUCACCUUGAGCAGGUGCAAAAUGUUCCAGCAGCCCAUGGGGAUUUCUCCUGAGCUGGAAAAGAGGCUCAGUGAUUUCUCUCAACAAACUAUUGCUUUAAAGGAGACCCUGAGGAAAUUCAAAGCGAAUGUGACUCUGGAUCCAGACACGGCUCAUCCCCAGCUCAUCCUGUCUGUGGAUGGGAAAGGCGUGAGACGGGGACACGAGCAGCGGGAUCUGCCCGACAAUCCCGAGCGAUUUGAUUCUGUUCUCUCUGUGCUGGGCCGUGAGGGGUUCGCCUCGGGCAGAUGCUACUGGGAGGUGGAGGUGGGCGUUGGGGGAAUCUGGUCGGUGGGGGUGGCCAGGGAGUCUGUAAGAAGGAAGGGACGAAUGAGCAAUUACCCUGAGCAGGAGAUCUGGGCUGUGGGUCAUUGGGGCAGUCAGUACCGGGCUUACACCUCCUGUGAGACCAUUCUGCCCCUGCCUACGAUCCCCAGGAGAAUCCGGGUGGCUCUGGACUAUGAAGGGGGGCGGGUGGCAUUUUUUGAUGUUGACAACAAGUUCCUGAUCUUCAUUUUCCCACCGGCCUCUUUCACUGGGGAGAGACUCUUCCCUUUCUUUUUGGCAGGAUCCCCACUCCGGCUAUGUCCCUGAGAUAGGGGCAAAGGGGAAUGGUUCCAUGGGAUCAUAGGUGCUAACUACUGGGGUGUUCUAGGGAUGGAGCACCCCUGGGAAAAAAUAGUGGGUGCUCAGCACCCACCAGCCACAGCUGUUCAGCAGCGUGGCCGAUCAGCUGUUUGGCAAUGCCCUGAUCAGCUAAUUAGAGGGCACUGCUAAACAACUGAUGGCGGCACCAACAAACAGCUGUUUGGUGGCUCAGGGAGAGUUUGGAGGAGGGCAGAGAACAGU